AUGUGUGAUGCGGCCAUAUGGGUUGGAGUCGUUGAUAUAUUUAUGGUUAAGUCGUCAGAGCAUCCUCAUGAUGUGGAGAUUACUGAGCCCUGUGAUGCAGAGAUUCGAGUUGAGAGGAAUGUAGCCUCUUUUCUUGAUGAAGACCCGAAUUUUGACUACCAUGACACACCUCCAAACUCAGAUGAUGAAGGUUGUGGAGAAUUACUAAAGUCGGCUGUGGUGGCAAAGAUGUUUAUGGAUGAGAUAAGGUCUAAUCUUGAUUAUUCACCGAAAGCUAUACAAUAUGAGGUCCAAAAGAGGUUCAAUAUUAUGAUAACCCCUGAUGUAUGCAAGAAGGCGAAGAAAAAAGUAAUAGAGAUGAUUCACCGUGACCAUAUAAAGCAGUUAUCUAGGCUCAGAGAUUACAAAGAUGCAAUCCUUGAGACUAAUCCUAACUCCACUGUGGAGUUAGAAACUAUCAUUGGUGAUGAUGGUUCAGAACUAUUCCGAAGGGACACCAAUAAUGGCUUGUACCCCAUUGCUUGGGCUGUUGUUGAUGUUGAGGAUGAGGAGAACUGGACAUGGUUCUUAAGUAAGCUAAAAGAUGAUUUUCAUCUGCAAGAGGGUCAAGGAUUCACAGUUAUUUCUGAUAGACAAAAGGGCUUGAUAAAUGCAGUAAACAGGGUGUUGCCUUAUGUUGAACAUAGGAUGUGUGCUAGGCACAUUUAUGGUAACUUGAAGGGUGAUUUCCCUAAUCAAAAUGAAGUGAAGACUAUGUUUUGGCGUGUGGCAGAAAGCUACACGGUGGCUGAAUAUGAAACAAAUUUGGAAAAUGCAAGGAACUAUGAUAUCCGAUUAUAUGAUGCCAUUAUGCAGAGAAAUCCCAGGAAUUGCAGUUUAGCUUUCUGUUCACCUACAGCCAAAUGUGUUGAUGUUCACAACAACAUAUCAGAGUCGUUCAACAAUGUCAUCGAUCCAGCAAGGUCCGUACCAAUGGUUGAGAUGUUGGACACUAUUAGGAGAAGAACCAUGGUGCGUAUUGAUUUCAGGAAGACUGCGUCCAGUCAGUAUACAGGUCGAGUCACUGAGAGGGCAAAAGAGAUCUUAGAAGAAGAAGCUAAGUACAUAAAGUACUGCUCAUUUGUCCCAGGUGCAGAUGGUAGAUAUGAUGUUUGUGAGUCUGGUGUAGGUUACAGUGUGAAUCUUAGGCUGAGGACAUGUGUUUGUAGAAGAUGGGAUAUGAGUGGAAUUCCAUGUCGCCAUGCUCUACAUGUGAUCACCGAGAAGAAGCUUAACCGUGAAGAUUACAUUAGCGACUGGUAUUUGAACUCGAGGCAGCAAUGUAUUUAUAGUGAUUCGAUUGCACCAGUUUAUGGUAUGUUGUUCUGGCAUAGAACUGGUUCUGUUGUGGUGCCACCUGCUGCUUUAGUUGAACAGAUUGAAAACAGGAAAGGUAAGAAACCAAAGUUGAAGAGGAAGAAAGCAAGGCAUGAGUCUCCUACAAAAACGAAGAAGAAGCUUAGUAGAGAUAAAAAAAACAUGCAUUGUAGUCUAUGUGAUUACCCUGGACACAACAAAUUAAAGUGUCUUAAUGCUGGAGUCAAGAGAUACAAACCACCAAGGAAACCAAGGAAGAAGAAGCAGCCAUCAAAUGCAACUCAAGGAAGUCAAGUAGCAAUUUGCACUUUUGGGUUGUGUACGGGUAUGAAAUGGCCAUUUUCCCAGUAA